UUGCUCACAAAUCUCUCUUCACAAAGUGAGGUUAAGUUGCGGGUGCGGUGUUUUUCAGGAGUUUUCCAGCCGCUUUUCCCACAACCAUUCCCCCAGGAUGCCGAAGAAGAAAACUGGACAGCGGAAGAAAGCGGAGAAACAGAAGCUGAGACAGAAGGAAAUCCGCAACAAGGCUGUAGAUAUCGCUGAGUAUCCUUGCAAUGGCGUUAUGGAAUGUGAAAAGUGUCAAAAAAAACAGAAGUCUCGUGCCUUCUGCUACUUCUGCCAGAGUGUCCAGCGUCUUCCGGUGUGUGCCCAAUGUGGCAAGGUGAAAUGCAUGCUGAAGACGGGAGAUUGCGUUGUUCGCCAUCCGGGAGUCUUUACCACGGGACUGGGAAUGGUUGGGGCUAUUUGUGACUUUUGCGAAGCCUGGAUUUGUCACGGGAGAAAGUGUCUUCAAUCGCAUGCCUGUUCAUGUCCUCUUCAGGACGCUGUCUGCAAGGAAUGCGAGAGAGGUGUUUGGGACCAUGGUGGUAGGAUCUUCAAGUGUUCAUACUGCAACGGAUUCCUCUGUGAGGAUGAUCAAUUUGAGCAUCAAGCUUCUUGUCAAGUUCUUGAAUCUGAAAACUACAAGUGUCAAUCGUGUAACCGUUUGGGUCAGUAUUCAUGCCUGCGUUGCAAAACCUGCUACUGCGAUGAACACGUGAAACGGAAGGGCUUCAAGUAUGAGAAGAAUAAGCCCAUUCCCUGUCCAAAGUGCAAUUAUGAGACAUCUCAGACUAAGGAUCUCAGCAUGUCAGUGAGGAGUCACAAAUUUGGACGGCAGAAUCUUCCGGAUGACUACGAUGAUUACUACUCGUACGGCGAAGGUGCUGCUUCCAGUGGCUACAGCGGCUACUCCAUGAAUAAUCCAGAUCAGGAAUCUGAUGACUACACUGAAUCUGACGAUGAGGAUUACGAGGAUGACGAUGAAGAUGAGACCUCAGGAUCUGACGAAGAUGAAAUUGACGAAGAGAAAAACACCGAAACAAAAAAAUAACUUCAAAUCUCUUCCUCUCAAUUUUGUGAUUCCAUCUUGUUGAACCAAUAAAUUUCUUAGUAAAUUUGUUGCAAUA